AUUCAGUUUUGUUUGCAAACAAAGUCGUUCGCGUUUCCGAGGUUUUCAAGUUUUACUAAAAAGACUUAAAUAUUCAAGGCUUUUUAAUGGUUGCUAUUCUUUCCUAGUUAUUCCUAUUUCCAAUAAUAAGUUAGUUUUUACAAUCACGCUGAUAAAUGGUGCAUACUAUGAGUGUUUGUCACAUAUGUUUACAACCAUGCCUUACCAACAACCGACUUAUGAACAGAAACUUUCGCGAAAAAGCUCAGGAUAUUUUCAGCCUAAUGAUUGAUGUUCGAAAAACAAAGAAUUCGUUGGUAGCUUGCGACACAUGCCAUGCAAGGAUUAAUCAGUACUACGACUUUAAGCAUAACUGUAGGCAACAAGAAGUUAUACAUAAACAUUCGACAAAAAAAUCGACAGGUUUCUCCGUGGCACUUGUCGAAACCGUCGUUCAUUUCCCUACAGUACCAACUGAUUGUGCAUCAAGAAGACCUGACAGAGAUAGAAAAGCAAACGGUACUGACAAUUCAGAAGAUGAUGUCCCUAUAACAGUUCAGUUCAAAGGCACAAAGAAGCAAAAGCAAAACAUAUCGAAACCAAAGAGAGUACUUUUGCGAUUCACAAAAGAACAACUAGCUGAACGAACCAAAAAAGAGCUAUACGAAGAACGGCGCAAAACUAUAUGCGAACAGUGUGGCAAGAUGGUACAAGAUUCCCGAAUGGAAGCUCAUAGAAAUUAUCAUUUAGGGGUUAAACCAUACUCAUGUCUUGAACCUGGCUGUAGUCAAACCUUCCGAUGCAUGGCCUCACGCAGAGUACACGUCAAGCGGACGCAUGUCAAUGGGCACUAUCCAUGCAAUGAAUGUGGCAAAGUUCUUGGAAGUAUACUGACUCUACGAACUCACAUGUACUCACACAAAGAAAAACAGUUUAAAUGUGAAAUCUGUGGGCUUAUGAGCCUUAACAAAUCUCGACUUGAACUUCAUAUGCGAGUGCAUACUCAGAAGCGCGAUUUUAAGUGCCCCCACUGUCCGAAGUCGUUCUAUGUUAACUCGGUUCUCACUUUGCAUCUACGCAGUCAUUCAGGCGAGAAGCCGUACAUUUGUCACGUAUGUCACACUGCAAAUUCGCAUCGCAUAUUGUACGUCAAACAUAUGAAAAAGUUUCAUCCUAAGGAAGAAAUUUACAAAUUGUGCGACAUGCCAAAAUUAGCAGCAAUUGUCAAAAGGGAAUAGCGUGCAAAUGCAAUUGUUUAUUUGAUGAAAUACAUAGGAUAUUUACGUUGUUA